AGUGGAUGAGUAGUCCCUCUCAAGCGUGUUUGGCAAAGGAGACAGGCUCAUGGGUGUAACUUUGUCAUCUUAGGUGGAUGGUGGCACAUGUCCCAAAGCUGCAAUCAGAGGCCAGAAAAACAAAAGUCAUCUACCACAAUUUUUCUUCCUUCAUAUCUUCAAAUUCUUCCCCUAUAUAUAUGGUUCAGUCUUCCCCUUGAGUGUUCAAACACCAAGAAAAAACUUGAAGGAGAGAAGAAAUGGCAGGCAGUGUAUUCUCGGUUAGGAGUUCAAAGCUUCGAUCAUGGGGGAGGUGUUCCAAACAAGUUCGCCAGCAGAGAACACGGCUUUACAUAAUCUGGAGAUGCACUGUGUUACUCUUGUGCUGGCACGAGUGAAGUUGAAGAAAUGGAAGAACUAGAGCUAUGUUCAAGCAGAAUUUGGGGUUCCAUUUUUGCUGAACACGAUCAUGUGAGAGUUGUAUUGCGAAAAAGGGAGAGUUUAGGGGGUAGAGUAGGCAACUAAAGGGGCUAUAUGAAGCAGAAGUUCCUGCUCAACAUGUAAAUUUAGAAACUAGUCUGUUGAUAAUUCAAAAUGAAGACACAUCUCAGCCUCUCAUGUUUGGUGUUUUUUAUAUCACACACACUGACAUAUAAACAUUGCCUUUGCUUUUUAGUUUUA